AUGUCUACAGCCACGGCUACGGCCAUUGUCCUCCUUCUGUUGGCUCUACUCUACCUAGGCUAUUGGGCAGCCUUACCGAGUCCACUCCCCGACAUCCCAUACAAUGCGGCCUCCAGACACAGACUACUGGGAGAUAUCCCAGACAUGAUGAAAGAGGUAUCCAAGACAGGCGAUAUCGUGUCCUGGCUGCGCGACCAGAACCUCAAGUCGAAGUCAGUCAUCAGCCAGAUCUUCAUCCGGCCGAUGGGCAAACCCAUCCUACUAGUCAGCGACUACGAGGAAGCCCGAGACGUAAUGGUCAACCGCAUCAAGGACUUCGACCGCACCAGCCUAACGGCAGAGACAUUCGGCGGGCUGCUCAACCGGCAGCAGUUCACGCUCAAGACCGGCCCGGAGUGGAAAUUCCACCGCCGCCUCGUCCAGGACACCAUGACGCCAGCCUUCCUCAGCAAAGUGGCCGCCCCCAGCAUCUACGCCAGCAGCCGACGCUUCGUGGAGCUCUGGAGCAUCAAGGAGAAGCUAGCGGGCGGGCAGCCAUUCUCUGCCACCGAGGAUAUCUUCUACUCGGCCUUGGACGCCGUCCUGGCCUUUUCCUUUGGGCCCUCAUUCCCGCAAAACGCCACGGAUCCGCAGACAAACCGGCUCAAGGACUUGCUGGCGAGUGAACUCCGUUCGGAUGGAGACGCGGCAGACGCAGACGAGGCGGUCCACUUCCCGCACGCGAAAAUCGACGAGGCCAUCGAGUCGAUGCUCGAGCUAGGCGACGCCAUGGAGCAGGUCAAGAGCGCACCAUCGCCCCGCAUGAAGUGGUGGUACGUCAAGGCGACGCCGACAUUCAAGCGCUGGGCCCGCAUCAAGGACGCCUGUAUCCGGCGGGAGAUUGAAAAGGCCGUCGAGGCGCGUGGGCGGCACCAGCGUUCCAGCGAGGGUGUCGCGUGGGAGCGAUCUGCGGUUGACCGCAUCGUGGACAAGGAGGAAAGCCAGGCGCGGAGGGAAGGGCGGAAGCCCGAUUUCUUCUCGGCGGCUGUCAUGGACGAGGUGUUUGGGUUUAUUGUCGCGGGUCAUGACACGAUGAGCACGACGCUGUGCUGGGGCGUCAAGCUGCUGGCUGAUCACGCCGACUCUCAGUCGCAACUGCGACGGGAUCUCUUCGCGGCGUUUGGCGCGGCGGCGGCGGAGAAGCGCGCUCCGACGGUUGAGGAGAUCAUGCAGACGUCGGUGCCUCUGCUCGACGCCACCAUGGAAGAGAUCCUCCGCUGCGGCGGUACCGUGCCGAUUGGGGACCGCGAGGCGAUCAGAGACACGACGCUGCUGGGCCACCGGAUCCCCAAAGGCACGCUCGUCUUCUUCCUACACAACAGCCACAGUAUGCUUCUGCCGGCGCGGGACGUAGACGAUAGCCGGCGGAGCCCGCGCACGCUGGAGGCAAAGGAACGCGGGCAGACACGGUGCUGGGGGGACGAGGAUAUCGCGCAGUUCCGGCCGGCGCGCUGGCUGGUGUCAAAAAGCCAGGACGAUAGCGACGACACCAGUUUGGUGUUUGACUCCAAUGCCGGGCCCAACAUCCCGUUUGGUCUGGGCGUUAGGGCAUGCUUUGGACGGAGGCUCGCGUACGUCGAAUUUCGAAUCAUGUUGAUCAUGAUGAUCUGGCAUUUUGAGCUGCUCAAGUGCCCCGAAGCGAUGUCUGGCUAUGCAGGGUGCCUCGCGGUGGUGAACAAGCCGCGGCGGUGUUUCGUGCGUCUUCGCAAGGUUGAUAUAUAG